CAAAACAACCCAGACAAAAUGGCGAUUGCACCCAUUACUGGCAUGCUCCGGCGUGGCCUCAUAACCGAUCUGAGCAUUGCGCUUGGUCUCGGAUUCGCUUUCGCCAACGCCUACUGGUACGGCUACCACGUCCCAAGGACCGUGGCUCGCGACAACUACUACAGAAAGCUGGAGGACGAGCGUGCGGCUAGGCAAGCAGUUUAGAACGAAGAUGACGUGACGGAGGGUUGUACGCGUGCAUAGAAGGGCAGCUUGGAAGGGGAUUGGCAUCGUUCACACGGCAUACGGAUAGACGGGCGCUGGUUCAGUCAGUCAAUCGGCAGUAUUUUGUCGGUACUCCUGGAAGACAAGCAAUACCUAAGGGAAGGACGGCAAAGCCGAGACAAUGGCUGAGGGGAUAGGAGACAGAAGAUAUGUCUAAGGGACUCCAUUAUAUUUAGAACCGACGGUGUUGACGUCGUCUGAAUUAUGCGUUCCAUGCCCCUCUGGUCGGCCCAAUCCAGCUAGGGUGGUGCUCAGAGUUGAUCCUACCACGGAUGUACCUUCCCAAGCAGUCGUUUCUGCCGUAAACACGCCCUUC